GCAUAAAAUUGUUAUCAUCAUGGAAAGUAGACUAGUUCAAGCGACUUGUCACACAGAAGAUUUCCCUGCCGUAGAGGCAGAGUUACUAAAAUGGGAGGAAGUGGAUUCUGUGGGAACUUUUCGAAAAAAGCAGAACAAUAAAAAGGAUAUAACAACGGUAUUUAUCACCUUCUUACCUGAAUAUUCAGUUGAAGAUACUUCCUCAAAGUUAGCAACCAUCAAUGGGCUGAUAUUGGAGGAGCAGAAAACGAAACAACCUGGCGGUAGAAGCACAACCAACCCAAGACAUAAAAACCUUGCUUCAGAGUUUUUAAAUUAUGGGUCCCAGGAACAGAAGACACAAUCAAAGGAAAAUUCACGUCAAAAAGCUCGAGCAUUAAACCAAAAUAAACAAAGUGAGCAUCCUCCGAGAAAAGGGAAUUCACAUGUUGCUCCUGACAAUUCGCGACGAGGGCGUGGCCGUGGUUUUAGAAGAGGUCAACAAAAUGAGCAUUAUGCAAAUAGACAAUCAUCUGAAAAUCUUCAGCAUCAAUCUUUGCCUCCCUUAGAAGCUAAUGUUGCAUUCGUUGAUAACGUUCCAUUUGGGACAACAAAUGACCAAUUACUGGAUAUUUUUUCGCCCUAUGGGCGAAUUCUCGAUAUAAACCGACUCGACUUAAUGACGAUGGUAUGUUAUGACAACCCUGAAUCUGUUCAGGAAUGUAUUCAACAUGUUAAUGGGAGCCUGAUACAUAAUAACAUCGUUUCUGUGAGCAGUGGAACCGCACUAAUUCCUGGAAAUAUUGCUAAUUUCCUUGGAAUGUAAUUAUAAAUAACUUUAUAAGGAUUUACUUAGAAAGUUAACACAACCUAUAAAAAUUAAAUCUUAUAUGCUAAUACGGAAGUGACAUUAUAACAUGGA